AUGAACUUAAAGAAUUCUGGGCAUCGAAGUUUCUCGUCUAGCUGGCAGGAAGUUCACUCAUCGCUUCUUGUGCAGUUUUUUGGGCCAAAUUUGAACAAGCAACUGUCGUUGGAAAGUUUCUUGGACUUCAGGCAGAGAUUGAACUGCACCAUCUUGAAAUAUGAGUUUCUGCAUUGGUCAGCGACCGACAAGCAGACGGGGGAAAGCAAGAUCAGUGAUGUUGAUUUCGCCAAAAUGCUGCUCAUGCAUUCUCGUUUGUCGAAGACCAAACAAAGAAAAAUGAUUGCACGAGUGAAGAGACUCUGCGUCAGAAAACCACAGUAUUCCACAACCGGCGGCUUCCAGUUCAAAGAAGUGUUGACGUUUUUCGAAUUCCUCAACGAACUGACGGACGUGGAGACGGCGCUGCAGUUUUAUCACUUGGCCGGCGCUGCUAUCGAUCAGGCAACCUUCCGACACAUUGUGCAUAACGUUGCGAACAAACCACUCAGUGACCACAUGAUUGACGUCAUAUUUAACCUUUUCGAUGAGGACCAGGACGGCAAGCUGAGUUACAAGGAGUUCGUGAAAGUGAUGAAACGGAGGUUCAAAUUCGGCUUCGCCAACAGUAGGGAACUCGGCAUUUUCCGACGACUGAAUGACGUCUAUUCGUAUUUUUAUAACCAGAUACGACAGCGAAUGUGA